UCACAGUGAAGAGUCGAUGACACAGGCUCUGCUAUGUUAUCAGCUGUGUCCAAUCACAGCUGAUCGCUGAUCAUCAGGGCACUUAUGAUCAGUGCCUUGAUGAUGAGUGUAGCCCCAUCAGUGCCACCUGUCAGUGUCCAUCAAUGCCACCUGUCAGUGCCCAUCAAUGCCGCAUACCAGUGCCCAUCAGUGCACAUCAAUGCCACAUAUCAGUGCCUACCAGUGCACAUCAAUGCCACAUAUCAGUGCCCAUCAGAGCUGCCUUUCAGUGCCAAAUUUCAUUGCCAUUCAUUGCCGCCUAUCAGUGCCAGUCAGUGA